CUUUGCUGUCAGAUAAAGUGGAAGCAAAUUAAAUUAGGACAAAACAACAAUUUUGGCGGAGAAUAACAUAACCUAAAUCAAGAUACGUACAUAUACUUUUAUUAUAUUGACGUGGUGUUCCACGCAAAGGCGUUGGUUGAAUUGCCAGCCGAACUGUAGCUUUGUCCAGCCCGUAAAUUAGGUGUGUUCGUGUGUCGGAGGGUCGGCGGAUAUAGAAUAGAAACUAUAGUGAACUGUUUGCUGGUGACCAAAAAGCGAAGCAAAAAUCCGGGACACUGAUUUUAGGCCUUCCAUGUUCCCAGCUCAAGAUUGGUAACAUGUUGAGCGAUGUGGCGGGUGCUGCCGCCCCAGAACAGGAGCAGCAGCAGCAGCAGCAACAGCAACAACAGCAGCAGGAUUCGGAGAAGCGAGCUCUGCGGACACCGCCGUUGCCCAGGCGUCCCUCAUCCUCACAUGACCGGGCAAGGACCCCGCCCCAGGAGCCCCGGCAUCCCACAAACUCGCACUCACAUCCCCGGCGAUCGGGUGGUGGCCAGGUGCCAUCGCGCAACCAGGUGGGCCAGAUGGGCAACAACGAGUGCCAGUUCUUCUUCGAGGACGAGGUGUUCCGCAUCGAUCGGCGGGGACGCGUCCACUUCGGUGUGGUAACCGAGACGGCCGAGUCGUACUCCUCCGACGAGGACGAGGAAAUCGACGAGGUGCUGUCCAAGGGCGAGGUGCGCGUGGCCUUCUAUCCGGAUGGCAAGGAGAUGGUGCACACGGAGCGCUCGAUUGGCCUGGCGGACCGAACCCUGAUGCCGGGCGAUGUGGUGCGGAGACGUCUGCCGGGAGAGAAGGACCUGGUUGGCCAGGCGGGCUAUGUGCGCGAUGUCAAUGUCCGGGCCGAUGUCACCGUGCUGGGCUCCAAGAUGGUCAUCAAGAAUGUGCCAGCCGAGCGACUGCGUCCGAUUUCCGCGUGGACCCGGGAUGUGCCCGUCUGCCUGGACACCUGGAUAGGCACCACCCUCUCCGUAGACGAGUGUGCCGUGCUCAAAUCCAGUAAUGGCGCCCGCUUGGAAAUCACCUCCGACGACUUCCACAAGUUCAAGGAUGCUGUGGCCCAGUGCGCCCGCGAGGUCUUCAAUCCCAAUGUCUACUUUCCGGGCAACGUUGUUGUGGGUCGGCUGCCGCCCCCGGAUCGCGUCAAGAAUCUCACACCGGAGAUAACCCCGGUUGUAAAUCGGAAGGGUCGUGCUGUGUACACCGUUGAAUCCAUUCGCACCACAGCCAUCAAUGUGGCCUGGACCUGCCGGGCCAUCUCGCAAUUCGACAAUGGCAUUGACCUCGAUCCCCUCAAGCAUCCAAAGACCGCCAUCACGGGCGAGGACCUGAACAACGUCAAGCGCCUUAACAUAUAUGAAUCCUACGUGCUGCAGAUUCACGAUCGAUUCUACCUCAAAUAUUCAAAAUGUGAUCUAUUAGUUAAAUACGGAGAUUGGGAACAGGAGCAAGCGGAGAAAUACGCUCCCAUUUUUCAAACCCAGAAGAAGCUGGAGCGCCAGGCUAGCAAAUUAAACUCAUCUGCCUCCAGUAGUGGAAAUUCUCGCGCUGUGCCCAAGCUCCGGCGCUUAGCCGGCAAGUUCAUGCAUCUGCCUCGUCCGGUGAUAGACCAUUCUUCCAAUGUCUGCAAGUCGUUCAAGCGCAUCAAAGAGGAUGUGUUGUCAUCGGGGACUGAUGAGGAGGAUGACGAAGAGCCUAUCCCGCCUCCAGAACCGUCGGCGGUUGCCGAAAAGGAGGCUGUGGGCGCCGAGGACACAGAGUCUCCGCCAGCAGCUUCCACAGCAGCUGCAGAGGCCGGUGCCCAGGCCCCCAGGACGACCAUUCGAACUGCCAAGCGGCGACAUUUUAAGAAGAAAAUGCGGUCUGUGAAGAAAAUAGUAACGCUGCCCUUUACCAAGAAGGAGGCGACUCCCAAGGAUGGCGACGAAAUCGUGGUGGAGACGCUGGUCGUGUACAGCUCGGUGACGGUCGUCUGGCAGGAUGGAACCGUUGAGACUGGCAUUCCCUCCACGCAGCUCUAUCCCAUUCAUCAUUUGGACAACCAUGAAUUCUUUCCCGGCGACUUUGUAAGCAAGGCGAAUGAAAACAGCACCGGAGCAACAGACUACGGGGUCAUCCAGUGCGUGGACCACGACGAACGCAUUGCCAAGGUCAUGUGGUUCUACUCCCUUGUAGAGAAUCCAGUUCCUGUGUGCAAAGAUACAGAGGAGCUGAGCGUUUACGACCUGAAGGAUCACUCCGACUACCAGUAUCGACCCGGCACAAUGGUCAUUCGAGUGUCAAACUUUACGGGCGAGGAUGUCGACUCAACUGCUGGCCAGGUGAUCGACAACUACCCCGAUGGACGGGUGCGUGUUUGGUGGGCCAAGGGGCACAUCACCAUGUGCUACCCACAGGAUCUGUUCGAGAUCAACCACAACGAUCAGGAGCAUGAUGGCUACGAGACGGAUGGCUCGGAUGGCGACUCGUGGGAGACGCAAUCUGAUAACAAUCUCAGCGCUCAGGGGGAAGACCACAUUGUAAUUGGAAUGGAUCAGGCCGAGGAAGCAAUGGUUCGGCUGGAUAAACUCUUCCGCAUUCUGACUCCCAAGCACAAACCGGAUCUUAUCAACGACCUCAUGGAAAUGUUUAAGAACGGCCGCGGUCUGGACCGUAAGCUUUGUACGAACUUUUUCCACGUAGACCACUUCCAUGACAUAGUGGGUACCAAGCCGUCACCAUCAGAAGUUGCCCCCAACAGCCCUGCCCACGACCAUGUGGAUACGAGUCCAGAGGCGCUGGCUGUCAUGACCAAGGUUUCACCAACGCUCAAGAUUGAACUGGACACAUUUUCACUGCUUUCGUCUGGCCAGUCUGCAUCGACACCCACCAAGCGAAAGUCCUCUACGGAAGUCGAUGAAGUUCAGUGCAAAAAGAGCACUGAUGAGAUCGCUGAGAAAGAGGAGAAUGAAAAGGUCCAGGCGGAGGAGGAAGAGUAUUCAGAGCCUUCAGAGGAUUUCCUUAACGCACAUCUCACUGAAGAGGAACGAAAAAUCCCCUACAAUAAGUUAGUGAAAAAGUAUCGUAGCGAAUUCAGGGAACUGCUCGCCUCCGCACGGGAAAACAUAGCCAAAGGGUUCGAGAGUACCACUAAAAAUGAUUCUGGCGUUCACUCGCGCGGUGAAAAUACAUCGGACGAGUCCAAUAAUCCAGACAGCGAAAACAAAUUGGCGGAGGAUUCAGAUACGAAGCAGACCAAAACAAAUUCCGUGGAAAAAAUAGAGUUCAUUGGUCAACGCACUGUUGAUGUCUUCGAGGUUUUCUCUUUUUUGAUCAGCGACCAAAUGUACAGGUGCCGCAAAACGCUGGAGAAAAAGGGGUUCAUUGGAGCAAGAGAGUACAAAAAGGAGGAUGUAAGCGAUGCCGAGGAAGACUUCGAGGUGCCCGAUAAUGACGCGGAACGAGCGGAAAAGCCAGCUACAAAGGACGCUAAAAUGGCGGAAGACGAGGCCAUGGAGCAGCCCUUGAAUCUCAAUGCCCUGUCUGAGUCGCUGCCGCCCAUUGACAGUCCCAUGGCCUGCUCCUCGCCCUCUCGUUUUGCAAUACCGGACGCCACUCCCGUCUGCGAGGAUUGCUUCCAAGUGCUGCCCAAUGCACCAGCUGCCCAUUACUUUAUCAGCAAUAAGGUGACUCCGGCCAACAAAUCGCAAUACCAGCGGGCUGUGCAGCGGGAAUACCGCUUGCUUAAGGCCUCUCUGCCCCCCGGAGUUGUGGUGCGUGCCUACGAGGAUCGCAUGGACCUGAUGUCCGUGAUGAUGGUGGGUCCGCAGCGAACGCCCUACCAGAACGCCCUGUUCUUCUUCGACUUUCAAAUGGGGCGCGACUAUCCGAAGAGUCCGCCAGUGUGCCACUACAUCAGCUACUGCACGGAGCGCCUUAAUCCGAACUUGUACGAGGAGGGCAAGGUGUGUGUAUCGCUGCUGGGCACCUGGUCCGGACGCGACAACGAGGUGUGGCUACCCACCAGCACCAUGCUGCAGGUGCUCGUUUCCAUACAGGGACUCAUACUGGUCGAUGAGCCCUACUAUAACGAGGCGGGCUACGAGAAACAACGAGGCACUCAACUGGGCAAUGAGAACUCUCGUGUCUACAACGAGAUGGCCAUCAUAAAAAUUGCCCACUCUACGGUGAAGCAGCUGAAGAAUCCUCCGCUCGUUUUCCGCAAUGAACUGAUUGAGCACUUCAAGGAGUUUGGCAGCGAGCUGCACGGCCGCAUGCUGGCCUGGUCGGAAUUCUCCCUUGAGGCGCAGCGCCAGCGCAUAACCAGCAUUAAGGAUAUGCCCGUGGAUUACAAGGCGCCCUGCGAGCUGCCCGAGUUCCCGCUGCUGCCUUGCAGUCGUGGCUUUUGCAUAGCGGUCAAGGGCGUUUUGGGCCAACUGGAGAGCGAGCUAACUGCCUUGGGAGCCAAUCUGGUAACGGACGAACGCAAUGGCACUGCGGCAGGAGUGGGAACUGCGCCGCGUGCUGCUCCGGAGGAGAUCUAAGUGCCCAGCUCGUGCCUGUGAAAAAUUGGUGCCUAUCAGAAGAACCACAAGACUUUCGCCGCCUGCACUUGCGAGUCUGACCGGGCGUUUUAUAGCCACUAUGUCGAAUUUCGAAUUUUUCUUAACUCAUAUUGCUGGCAAUCAGCCUUUUAGUUAAACGAAAUUUCCUAAAGUUAUUGUUUGUUAGUUUUUCACAUAAAAAAUAAUAUCAUAAAGCUGAAUUAUCUAUAUAUAUAGCGCGCAACUAAGCAAAAUGGUAAUGGAUCCGCCUCGUAUAAUGUCGGUUAUUCAAGUUUUAUUUAUUUAAUUUUUUUGUUGUCAGGCCAGCAGCAAACAAGUUGUGUUUAAUGUGUUGUUCCGAUAAAUGUGGAUGCUGGCCUACACGAAUCUCUGUAGGCAUUCCACUAGAGCUUAGAGCUUAGCUUAGUUAGUCCAACCCCGUCCCCCGAUCAGCGCCCCGUGUACGUAAUAUUGUAAGCUAGCCCAAUCCGAGAAAUGUGAAUAAAUUAGCAAUUUUAUUUAUUAUGCCUCUAA